AUGUCUUCCAAAAAUAACACGGAAAAAGAUAAUGGUGGGAGUGAUAGAAUCACUCCAUCUACCAAAACGACGACGACCACCACCUCAUCAUCAUCAUCCACGGAAAGAACGAUCCAACGUUCUCAACAACAACAACAUAAUACCACAUUACGAAGAGGAAGACCUGUUUCCGAUCCCUAUUACAUUCCAUCAACUCCGGAGAGAAUUCGUGGCGGAGAGGAUGAUCAUUCAUUAAUUCCGCAGAGUAGAAGCAGAACACACUCGUCAUCAUCCAAUCGUUCCAUGAGUGAGGGUGGAGAUGGUAGCUCGCAUCUGAAUGAAAUGCCUGCACCAUCACGACCCUAUCAACCCUACGAUCGGAAUAAACGUGGUGGUUACAACAACAAAUUUCAAACAACGACCAAGAAUGAAAGACAUCAUCAAUGGGAAAAUAAUAUGACUCCGAUAAGAGAUUAUGACAGAGAUGAACGACGAAAAACACCAAGUCUAACUAAUAAUACUCGAAAUUCGGAAUGGGAAAAAUCACCUGCUAGACCUCGAGACUCAUCAUCACAACAUCGAGGCUCCGAGAGAAGAAUAGGAGGAAGUAGUGUCAACAGUAGUGGUGGAAUUGCCCGAUACAACAAUAGAAAAUAUCAAGAAGAAAAUAGGAGUAAUUAUCCGAGAAAAGAUGGAAAUAAUAGCACUGGCAGUUCUAGAUAUUCAAAUUAUUCACAAAAUGUCUCAGACAAUAGAUCUGUGGCUUCUUCAUCACAAAAUUCGGUGAGGUCCUCACCAAACUUGUCCUUAGAUCAAUCGAAUAAGGACCCCCUUGAUUGGAGAAAUGAAGAAACAGAUCCAGAUGAAAAUAUUCUUGAUUUAGAACGACAAUGGUAUGCGGAGGAUAGUGAAGUUGUUGAUUUUACACAAGAAUCAUCAUUGUUUUUAGGAGAUGAAACAAAACUUAAAAAACGUGAAGAAGAAUACAAGAAAAAUAAGCAACUUUUAAAGAGAGAUCGCAGGAUUUCUGCUCAAAAAUCACAACAGCUUAAAGACAAUGAUGCUUGGGAAAUGAACAGAAUGCUACAGAGCGGUGUGGCCAAUACACAAGACUUUGAUCUUGAAGAAUCUAUGGAACAAGAGCAAACCGUACAAAUUAUUUAUCACGACGUGAAACCACCAUUUUUGGAUGGUAACGUUUCAUUUACCAAACAAAUAGAACCAGUACUUCCUGUGAAGGAUGUCACAAGUGACCUUGCUGUUGCAUCAAGAAAAGGAAGUGCACUAUUGAAAGAGAUGCGAACGAAAAAAGAAAGAAUGAAGGCCGUGAAGGAUAAAUUCAAAAACAGAGGUACUCUUGGCAAGAUAUUGAAAGAAAAUAUUGAGCAAGAUGAGGAUGACGAGAGAUUAAUCCACAAAAAACUUUUAGAUGCUUCUCUAUCGGCAGACAAGAUAGCAACGCAAACCAAGGAGGAACUUCGACUACUGGCAAAACAAAAGAGAGAAAAGCUUCCUAUUUUCCACUGUAAGAACGAACUGCUUCAAAUUAUCAAAGAGCACAAUGUUAUUAUCAUUGUUGGUGAGACAGGAUCAGGAAAGACCACACAAUUGACCCAAUACUUGUAUGAAGCAGGUUAUGGACAAUUUGGUAAAAUUGGAUGUACACAACCAAGACGUGUGGCAGCCAUGUCUGUCGCUAAAAGAGUCUCCGAAGAAAUGGGUUGUGAUUUGGGCUCAACUGUUGGAUACUCGAUCCGUUUUGAAGAUGUCACAUCCGAGAAAACAGUUAUCAAAUACAUGACAGACGGUGUGUUGUUACGUGAAUCACUUCAUGACACCUAUCUCGACCAGUACAGUGCCAUAAUUAUGGAUGAAGCUCACGAAAGAUCCCUAAACACAGACGUUCUUUUUGGAAUUUUGAAAAAAGUAGUUGCAAGACGAAGAGAUUUAAAGCUCAUUGUCACCUCGGCCACCAUGGACGCUCAGAAAUUUUCUAGCUUCUUUGGAAUUGUUCCAAUCUAUACAAUUCCUGGAAGAACUUUCCCUGUUGACACUCUCUACACAAAAAAUCCUGUUCAAGACUAUGUAGAAGCAGCCGUGAGGCAGGCCAUUCAAAUUCACACCUCUACACCCACUGAUGGUGAUAUUCUCAUUUUCAUGACUGGUCAAGAGGACAUUGAGGUGACAUGUUAUGCUCUCGAAGAAAGAAUUGCCGAGCUUAAGAAGGACGAUGAGCACGUCGCUGAUGAAAAUAGAGUGCCAGAUCUCAUUGUACUUCCAAUUUAUUCCAUGCUUCCCUCCGAGUUGCAAGCAAAGAUUUUUGAAAGAGCUCCAAAAGGUCAACGAAAAUGCAUCGUAGCCACCAAUAUUGCUGAAACAUCACUCACAGUCGAUGGUAUUCUGUAUGUUAUUGAUACAGGUUUUUGUAAAUUGAAAGUAUACAACCCAAAGGUUGGUAUGGAUGCGUUGCAAGUGUAUCCAGAAAGCCAGGCAGCUGCAGACCAAAGAUCAGGAAGAGCAGGAAGAACCGGACCUGGAAAAUGCUUUAGACUGUUCACAGAGUCACAAUACAAGAAUGAAAUGCACAAAACGACCAUUCCAGAAAUUCAGAGAACCAACCUGGGAAAUGUAGUCUUGCUACUCAAAUCUUUGGGUAUUAAGAAUUUAUUGGAAUUUGAUUUUAUGGAUCCACCACCACAAGACAACAUGAAAAAUUCCAUGUAUCAAUUGUGGGUUCUGGGAGCAAUUGGAAAUAAUGGAGAAUUAACAGAGUUGGGAAAGAAGAUGGUUGAGCUACCUCUCGACCCACCUCUCUCUAAAAUGUUAAUUUAUGCAGAAAAGCUUGGAUGUACUUCUGAGGUUUUGACCAUUGCAAGUAUGCUCUCAGUGCCGACAGUCUUCUACCGACCAAAGGACAGAGAGGAGGAAGCAGACGCCGUCAGAGAGAAAUUUUUUGUUCCAGAUAGUGACCAUUUGACACUUCUCAACAUUUAUCAACAAUGGAAAAAUCAUGACUACUCUGCUUCGUGGUGUUCAGAACAUUUUAUUCAUUUUAAGGCUAUGAGAAAGGUCAAAGAAGUACGAAUUCAAAUCGAAGAUAUUAUGAGAAAGAAUGGAAUUGAAAUUGUUUCUUGCAAUAUGAAUUUAGAUUUGGUGAAAAAAGCAAUUUGUUCUGGUUAUUUCCAUCAUGCUGCUUCUUUGAAAGGAAUUGGAGAGUAUGUGAACAUGAUGACCAGUAUGCCAUGUAGCUUGCAUCCUACAAGUGCUCUUUAUGGAAUGGGAGUUACUCCAGAUUAUAUUGUCUAUCACGAAUUGGUCAUGACCACAAAGGAAUAUGCUCUAAUGGCCACAGCAAUUGAUGGUUCAUGGUUGGCAGAGUUGGCACCAACAUUUUUCAGUGAGAAAAUUCCACAUGUCACACGUGAAGCAAAGAGAAAAGAAAUUAAGCAAAAACUUGAACAAGAAUAUCGAAAUGAGUUGCAAAAUGAGAAGCUUCAUGGUACAAAACCUUCCACAAGCAGAUCACGACGGUCGACCAGUUCCACAAUUGUUACUCCUGGAGCUCCUUCAUCCACACGAAGAAGUUCCACAACAACAGGUUCCUCAUUGCUAAGUGCGUCAACCUCAAGAAAUGCAAAUGAUGGAACAGCAGAGAGAAGAAAAACAACUCCAAGGAGAAUUGGUCUAUAG